UCAAGACUUGCGCAAUUCCAGCACCUUAUCUCUGAGGGACUCUUGCUCACCCUUCUGUGAGAUCAGACACCCUCUGGGACGUUGGAGCUCGCCCAGACAUGGUCCUUGAGGCAAACCACUGAGGGCGUUCUUCCUGCCAGCUCUGGCGAUCUAUACUCUUUCAUGAUCGAUGCCCAACCCCAAUUCUCAGAUAGGUUUGUUCAUGAGUGUCCGAAUCCGGCAACAACGAGCAACCGAUUUUGAAGUUUUCCCCCACCUGUCAACCAGAGGCUACUGAUUAGUGAUGCCCCUAUAUCUCGGCUAUCGAAUUGUUCAGAUCUCGAUGUCACUCUUCGACCUGCUCUUGAAUUGCCAUCGUUGACAUGACUAUUUCGCCCAUCCACCAUCAGGUCUUUGUUUAACGUCACUCGCAGGUUGAUGGUAUAACUGGACAAACAAUAUGAGGAUGUUUGCGAACUCUAAAAUGACGUCUUGCUGUUACGGGCAAAGCAGCGGGGCCAUUGUUUGCUCGUUUACAUACCAUCCUUGUAUCGGAACCUCAACACGUACCGGGUCUGGUUUCCCAGUAAAGAAGACGUGGAUUUUUCGUCGAGAAAGAGUGGACCGGAAUCCAUCAAAAAACGGCCUUGCCAUGCCUGCGCAAUUCUGGGCAUAUGCAAACCCGAUUCACGUGGGAGCCUAUACUGGAUUUCUUCGACUGGCUAUGCUUCUUUGCGUUCGGCACAGGACCCCUUCCGCGUGCGAGUCUGUUCUAUGAUGAAUUCCGCCCUUGAGAGUUUGCGUGCUACUUCGCCAAGGGAGUAAGAAAAGGAGGUAUUCGGGUGCCAUAUCACCGAGGAAACAUGAAUAGAUCUAAUUUUACCCCCCUGCGCCCAAGCCCUCAU